CCACUAUUAUCCAUGAGGUCCCAGAUGUGGUGAUCACUGAACCGUGCGGUGUACAUGUAUGGCGCUGUGCGUUAAGUCCUAGGGUUGGUGACAUUCAUGUCCUCAAGGGGUUAACAGUAGUAAAAUAAAACCUAAAUAAAUUGUCGUAAUCGUAUGGACCUACAGAAUGGAGAGAACACGUCAUAUAAGUCACCGCAGAAAAAACGGAGCCCCCAAAAGUCUGAGAAUACCUUAUUUUUCAGUUUUGCCUGACAAAUUAUUAUUUCACGGUAGAUUUAGCGGUAACAUGAAUGACGUCAUCACAAAUACAAUUGGUGACGUAAAAAACAAGAAGCGAGGACGAAAAAAACAUAAAAGAUCCCUGCGCCCUUAAGGGGUUAAAGUGUUGGAGAUAAAAUCUGGCUAUAACUGUAUAUAGCUCGUUCUGUGUCGGAGAAGAAUCUUCUUUCUUGGAUCCGGCGUCUCCGUUCUUCAUGUUCCCCGAAUCGUUCGCAGAUAAAGGACGGAUCACCGGCUCCGGUGUCUUCUACAUCUUUACCACCAGGGGUCAGACUUGUGUUUGCUGUUAGAAGUGAAAGUGAAAGUAAAGUGCGGACUGUGACUGGUGGAUGCGGCCAUUACGAGGUGGAGGCUUCUUCUCCGGGAUGACAGAGCUGAGGAACAUGAGGGGCCCCGGGAAUCUCCUCUACCCCCUCCUGAUAUCGCUGUGGACCACAGAUGCCCUGAAAGUCACCAUGAAGGCGCCGCUUAUCUCAGUGAUGAGAGACGAGGAUGUGACAAUCCCCUGUGAAUUUACAGAAUUUAAUGUUGGGAAAACUAUCAAUGUGGGCUGGAAAAAAUCACAGAAUGGAAAAAGUUCUGAUGUGUAUAUAUAUAUACCAGGACGUGCACAGAGCUUCAGACCGGGAGCUUAUAUGGAGGCUGAGAGUGAGAUACAGAAAGGAAAUGCCGCACUCCACAUCCCCCGGGUGCAGUACAGUGAUGACGGUGAAUAUAUCUGCACCGUUGUGGUGACCCCCGAGGAUGGGGAAGGGAAGAGCACUCUGCAGGUGAAAGCUGUACCCUCUGCUGUCCUGAUACCUGGAGAUGACAUCAUGGUGGCGUUGGGAAGCGAGAAAGUUGUGUCAUGUGAUGUCACCUACUUUUACCCUAAAGACAUUAAUAUUCGCUGGGUGCGACAUGAGAAAUAUUCUUCAAAAUGUGUUGUCCUGGAAAAAGGAACCUGCACAGGAGACACCGCGAAUAAUACAGAUGGGACAUUUAAUACUACGAGUCAGCUGACCUUAUAUCCUACAAUGGCGGAUACCGGCCAUAUAUAUUCCUGUGUGGUGAAGCACCGAUCUCUGGACCAGGACCUGAAGAUGAACUUCACCCUGACAGUAACAGAACGAGAAGAUAUCACCGGAAAAGUUGUUACUGCUGUGAUCCUGACUAUUCUCUCCUUCACGCUUCUGUUAUUGGCCGGUUUCCUUUACUACCAAGUGUUCACUAAAGAUCCCCCCAGCCUUUCUGAGAUCACUGGGAAUGAUCAGCUGAUUGACAUGACCAGGACAACUCUGACUUGUCACAUGAUGAACUUUAAGCCCAAUGACUUGGAGAUCUCCAUUCAUAUUAAGAGAUCAGGAGAGAAGAUGGAGACGAUCCACACCUGGAGAUCCAGAGACCCCGAUCCCUCAGCCGGAGCGGUGAUGAAUGACAAUGAUGGGGAGGGUAGUGUGGCUAUAGACCUAGAACAGCAGAGGCUGAUCAGUGGGGCUGUCAGUCACACACAGGGGCCCCUACAGCUGAAGAUGACUCCAGUAAUAACACCCAAUAGAUCCGGUCUUCUCCGCUGUAUUCAAUGGCGUAGACUUUAUACUUACAGCUGUCAAUGUUUUAUUCACAUCACUCCCAGCUAUUCUGAAGACUAUGAAGCAGAGGUUUCUGUAUAUGUAUCACACCCGGCACUGAAAGAUCGAAUCCAUCAGACGAGAAUACUGAAUGUUAUCGGAGUUGCUCCAACAUUAUUAAAGAUCGUCAGUCCAGUGUAUAUGACCCAUGAGGAGCCGAUGACGCUGACCUGUCCCAUAAAUGGAUUUAAACCAAAGCCUUUACAGAUAACAUGGGUGAAGAAGGAUAAGAGCGACCGGGAGACGGAGAUAAUAACCUGGAAUUCUAAUGAUAGGACAGAUAAAAAUGAUCUCCACAAUGUAACAGAGAAUGAGCAUAAAGACAAGUCCUACAGCUUUUUAAGUGCUUUAAUGAUGAGACCAAAUGUGAGAGAAGAUGGAUUCAUAUACAUCUGCAGAAUCUCCCACCCUGCGACUGAUCACUGGGCACAAGAAGAACAUGUCCUGAAGGUCACAGCUGUUCCUGUGCUUGGUCCCAUAACACAGACACUGGGCAAAACCAAGAUCAAUGUGGGGGACACAAUGAGCCUGUCAUGUAAGAUCCAUUCAUUUUACCCAAAACCUAUAGAGGUCACAUGGUACACAGAAGAUGGAGGGAUCCUGCCCUCUAACCUCAGUGACUUCCUCCCCGAUCAGUCUGGUCGGUACCAUGUCACCAGCUUAGUAACUUACACCCCGACUAUGAAGGACCGAGGAAAGACAAUCACAUGUGACGUGAAACAUGAAAGUACCAGGGCCCCGAAAACAGCUACAUGGACUCUAAAAGAUCUGGUUUCUGAGCCCACGGUCUCUGAGAUUCGUUGUGAUCCUCCAUCUCCUGAGUGUAAUAAGACGGUCACCUUAUCCUGUCAUGUCAGUGAUUUGUGCUAUGACAAAUCUAUAGCGGUGAUUUGGCAUAAGGGUAUUAAUCGGAUACAUGAAAACAUGUGCAGAAAGUCUAUUCAUGAAGAUCCGGAGUCUGGGACGUUCCAGGGAACCAUAGAGUUGCACUUUGAUGCAGAUUAUAGAUGUCAUGAGGAGGAAUACCGUAUGGAGCUGAAUCACAGCGGGAAGACUAUUGUAAGAAAAUAUAAACUGAUCCUGAAAGGGUUCCCUGUCCUUAGUGACAUCACCAGUGAACCCAGAAACCCAAUAUAUGGACACCCUGUGACUCUGAGCUGUAAGGUGACCAAUGCUAAACCACAAGACAUAAAGGUUCAAUGGACAAAGGGGGAGAAACCUCUGGGGAAGGGACAAGGAGAAGAGAAGCAAAUCACUGAGGAGGACGGGUCAGUAUCCUGCUCACUGCGGAUCAGGACUACUACAGCUCUGGACUAUGGGAAAGACUAUACCUGCUCUGUGAGACACAAGGACAUGAAAGAGACCAUAAGGAAGAACCAUUAUAUAGCGCUCCCAGUUAACAUCCCAGUGUUUUCCGAGAUUACGGUGCGUCCGGAGAGACCUGUCGCAGGGCAGGAAGCCAUAUUUACUGUAACCAUAUGUGGAUUCACACCAGACAUUGAAGUGAGAUGGUAUAAAGACUUUGGUCCAUUCCCCAGCGAUGUCGUCACCACAUCAGAUCCAGAGAUUGGGAAGGACUUUCUAUGUACUUGUUCCAGCAGCCUGAGGUUCACUUCUAAGGACAAUGACCAUGCGGCGUCCAUCCGCUGUGAGGCGACACAUUCUCUCACCAAGAAAGUAUAUGAGACUUCUUACAAUCUGCUGCUCGCAGGAAAUAGUUCGGAAAAACCUGAAAAACCACUAGAAAAAGGAUCUCUGAAGACUCCACUGAAGACACAAGGCAUUCAGUGCUUGACGGAGAGUCCACGGGUGGGAGAUGAAGUCACACUUACAUGUUAUGUCCAUGGAUGUGAUGCAAAUGAUUCUGUGUUCUACUGGAGGAAAGGAUUAUUCCCUAUUGAGAGCGGAAUACAGAAGAGGACUUUAGAGGACAGAACCGGCAGCUUCUCCACAGUCACCUUCACAGCACAGGAGAAGGACAGAGACUGCACCAUCUUUUGUGAGGUGACUUAUAAUUUAGAGACACUAGAGGAACGUUUCACCCUGAAGCUUCAAUAAGGGUCAAGAGGAAUCAGUGGAAGUCAGAGCCCAGAUCUCCACAUCAGUCUGUCUGGGAUUAUAUGAAAAGACAGAAGGAUCUGAGCAGCUACAUCCACAGAAGAUCUGAGCUUAGUUAUCUACAUCUACAGAAGAUCUGAGAUUAGUUCUCUACAUCCACAGAAGAUCUGAGCUUAGUUCUCUAUAUCUACAGAAGAUCUGAGCUUAGUUCUCUACAUCUACAGAAGAUCUGAGAUUAGUUCUCUACAUCUACAGAAGAUCUGAGCUUAGUUAUCUACAUCUACAGAAGAUCUGAGCUUAGUUCUCUACAUCUACAGAAGAUCUGAGCUUAGUUCUCUACAUCUACAGAAGAUCUGAGCUUAGUUCUCUACAUCUACAGAAGAUCUGAGCUUAGUUCUCUACAUCUACAGAAGAUCUGAGCUUAGUUCUCUACAUCUACAGAAGAUCUGAGCUUAGUUCUCUACAUCUACAGAAGAUCUGAGCUUAGUUCUCUACAUCUACAGAAGAUCUGAGAUUAGUUCUCUAUAUCUACAGAAGAUCUGAGCUUAGUUCUCUACAUCUACAGAAGAUCUGAGCUUAGUUCUCUACAUCUACAGAAGAUCUGAGCUUAGUUCUCUACAUCUACAGAAGAUCUGAGCUUAGUUCUCUACAUCUACAGAAGAUCUGAGCUUAGUUCUCUACAUCUACAGAAGAUCUGAGCUUAGUUCUCUACAUCUACAGAAGAUCUGAGCUUAGUUCUCCUACAUCCACAGAAGAUCUGAGCUUAGUUAUCUACAUCUACAGAAGAUCUGAGCUUAGUUCUCUACAUCUACAGAAGAUCUGAGCUUAGUUCUCCUACAUCUACAGAAGAUCUGAGCUUAGUUAUCUACAUCCACAGAAGAUCUGAGCUUAGUUCUCUACAUCUACAGAAGAUCUGAGCUUAGUUCUCUACAUCUACAGAAGAUCUGAGCUUAGUUCUCUACAUCUACAGAAGAUCUGAGCUUAAUUCUCUACAUCUACAGAAGAUCUGAGCUUAG